CCGCCCGCAGCCAACAUGCAGUCCCCGGCGGUGCUUGUCACCUCCAGGCAAGUGCAGAAUGUCCACACAGGCCUUGACUUGACCGUGCCACAGCACCAGGAAGUGCGGGGCAAGAUGAUGUCCGGCCACGUGGAAUACCAGAUCCUAGUGGUGACCCGCUUGGCUGUGUUCAAGUCUGCCAAGCACCGGCCCGAAGAUGUUGUCCAGUUCUUGGUCUCCAAAAAAUACAGCGAGAUCGAGGAGUUUUACCAGAAACUGAGCAAUCAUUACCCGGCAGCCAGCUUGCCCCCGCUGCCUAGGAAGGUCCUGUUUGUCGGAGAGUCUGACAUUCGGGAAAGGAGAGCCAUGUUUGAUGAAAUUCUGCGCUGUGUCUCCAAGGAUGCCCAGUUGGCCGGCAGCCCAGAGCUGCUAGAAUUCCUAGGAACCAGGGCUGCAGGGGCUGCAGGCCAUGCCACUAGAGAUCCCUCUGUCCUAGGUGACACAGCCAGCCAGCCAGGGGACAGCGAUGAGGCUUUUGAUUUCUUUGAGCAGCAGGAUGACGUGCAGCCCCCCACACUGGGCCUGAGCAACAAGGAUGUGGAGAAGUCCUUGGAGGAAGAGGAGGAGGAAGAGGCGCUCGACCCCCUGGGCAUCAUGCGCUCCAAGAAGCCCAAGAAACGCCCAGAAGUGGCCAUAAGGCCCAAACCUUCACCUCGGCUCACCAUCUUUGAUGAGGAGGUGGAUCCAGACACAGGGCUCUUUAGCCCAGGCAAUAAGGCAUCUCCCCAGAGACCUCUGGAGACCACACAGGACUCCCUGAAGCUGUUUGACGACCCUGACCUUGGUGGUGCUGUCUCCCUGGGUGACCCUUUGCUGCUGCCAACUACCAGCGAGAGUGGAGGACCCACAUCCAGGGAUAGCUCCAAGGAGCUGUUCAGAGUUGAAGAGGACCUGGACCAGAUUCUUAACCUAGGAUCUGAACCUAAACCCAAGCCCCAGACUAAGCCCAAGCCUCUAGUCCCAGCAAAGCCAGCACUGCCCAGAAAACCAACAGUGCCCGCCUCUGUGGGCCCAUCAGAAACUGGGCCUGGACCACAGAAGCAGCAACAGAUCCAAGCUAUGGAUGAAAUGGACAUCUUGCAGUAUAUCCAAGACCAUGACACACUUACCCAAACCUCCCCCAGUCUCUUUUGACUUACCCCUUCCAACCUAUACUGUGCCUGCAGCUGCAUACCCUCCCGGGGAAGAGGCUGUAUGUGAAUGUGUGGAUUCUACCUGCAAGGCAAGGACCACCAAUGGAAGUGGAAGCCUGGACCCUUGGUCUCAGUACCACACUGUUCCUUUUCCUCCUGGGCUAUGGGAUGGACAAGGACUCUGCAGAAGAAGAUUGGGGAGCAUCAUAGGAAUCAAACUGCUUCAUCCCAGCCCAGCUGAUUGUAAAGAGGAGAAAUGGUGUGAGCUUGCCUUGCUCAACAAGGGCCUGACCUCUAAGGUGGAAUGAGAUCAAAGGGCAAUGUCCACCAGGGAAGGGACACCUACAUACAUGUAUCUACUAUCUCUGCCAGCUCAGUACAGGAAGGAAGGCUUACUGAACCUAGGUUGGGCUAAAGGGAGUACCUGUGCCAGGCCGCUCUGGACUCUCUACUUGUCUGCUGAGGCCCCAAGGCGUGAUCAGAGCAGUAAGCCCAGUUGUCCAGACUGCCCUGACCCAAGUCCCUUCAGCAUCUCUUUGUUCUUUAAUUCUAAGAGGAAAACCUAGGCCCUGCCUUGCCUCCCUAGGGCAUGGGGGGCUCCAGGACCCCAGGUCUUCCAUUCCAUUUCCCAGGAAGGGCCUGGCUAGCCCAUGGCCCCUUUAAUGCACCUGUUAACCACGUGGGUCAUAGCAUCUCCCAGAGCUUGACCCACGGGGUAUGAGGUGCUGACACUUCUCCCCUAAGGCCUCUCUGCCCUCAGGAUCUGAACGUGUUAGCUUUUCUCCAGUGGAGCCACCAGCUAAGGAGAAGGAGCUGUGCACCAGGCAACCCUGUGCCUGCCAGGAAAUGGUGUCUCCUGGAGCAAAUAAUGUUGAAAUAUAUUGUUUGCAUUAGGAACUAGGUUCUUUUCUGGUUUUGUUUUUUUUUUUUUAUGAAACACAUUUUUUUUUUUUAAACAAAAUGCAGCCUUUUUGUUCCUUGGCUCAGUUGAGCUUCACAGAGGCAUUAGAAGGGCCAGGUUGGGUCCAAGAGUCACUGUCAGGAGCCCCCAACUGGCACCGUCCAAUUGUCUGCUGCUGUCGGUGUUCGGGGUCCCCAGCUCCCUUACCUUGUAGUAAGACCUACAGGAGCAGGCUAGGAGUACCAGGUCUGACCUGUCUUGCGUCUUACCAUGUCCCUUGUCAGCUGCCUCAUUCUGAGCAGGGCCAUCUGCCCAGGCUGAGUGGGAGGGCAUAGAUGAUUCUAGGCUGAGGACCAGAGUAUCCUCUGCCUUGCCAGACUGAGGGUCUCCCCAGAGCCUAGAAUUGAUCUAGAUAGCCCCCACCCCACCUCUACUUCCCUUUCACCAGGAGGCCUUCACCCCUCUCAUCACUUCAUGCCCAGAACCCUGCCCAGUGCCCAAAAAUCCCCUCAAGCCCUCCUCACUGACAGCAAAGGAAGCUUCAGGAGGUGGGAAGAGGCCACGUGACCCAGUCCUCUGCAGAGCCAGUCAACCAUAUCCUUAGACUCUUCUCCCUCUACAUCAUUCCUCUGUGCCUUGGCUACGAGCUGUCUACCUCUCUUUCACACACACACACACACACACACACACACACACACACACACACGUGCGCUCCUUGCACCCACUCUGGGGGAUAGACGAAAUAGGAGAAGUGGGUGUGUAGGGAUUUGGAUGACCAUGGGCCAACUCCCAGCUGGCGUCCCUAACAGGACCUGACCUACCAUUCUCCAGUGUGGUUUUGCCCACCAGGGAGGGAUUUGUCUCCGUGGAGCUCUUGGGACACCCUGGCACGGGUGUUCUGCUCUACAGAUAAGUUUCCCGUCAUGACUUGUUUUGAUCGCAGGUCUGUGACCUGAAUAGCUAGUCUACAUCUCCCAGUUACCCAGUAAAGUCUGUAUGU